AUGAAGCUCCUUGCCGACCAGGGUGCCGCCAGCUUCGACAAGGUCGCCGAGUGCUACAGUGGUCCAGAGCAGAGUGUUUGGGAGCUCGUCAUGGGCAAGCAAAUCGACAUUGGUGGGGCUUCCUCCACCAUGGAAGUUGCCGAGAAAGCCGGUGUCGGCCCGGGCAUGAAGGGGGUGGACCUGAACUGCAACAACGGCGGCGGCAUGCGCUGCCCUGGUUCGCCUCUGCGGCGUGGACCAGAUGGUGGGCGUCGACCUGACGAAGUCCGUGGUGGAGACCGGCCGUGCCCGCACGAAAGAGGAAGGCCUCGACGGGAAGAUCAGCUUCAUCCACGCGAACUCCUUGGAGAACGGCCUUCCGGAUGCCUCGGCGGACUUCGUCUGCAGCAAGGAUGCUUGGUGCUACAUGCCCAACAAGCAGCUCAUCGUGGAUCAGGCUGCGCACAUCCUGAAGCCGGGAGGCAAGAUCUUCUUCACCGAUUGGAUGGAGGGUGA